AUGGAAGUUAGAAAAUCAAAAGAGAAACAAUGUUUGGUUUGUUAUAAAUCAUCAAAUGGAAUGCAUUUUGGAGCAAUUACUUGUAGAGCAUGUGCUGCUUUUUUCAGGUAAAAAAAACAAUUGAAAUUAAUUUAAAUAAUUAUAUAUUUUCAGACGAACAAUUGUAUCAAAUUUUGAAUAUGAAUGUGGUAAAAGGAACAAUAAUUGUGAUGUUGAUGAAAAUGGAAAAUUUGCAUGUAGAUAUUGUCGAUAUAUAAAAUGUCAACAAAUUGGAAUGAAACCUGAUAGUAAGUGUAAUUAUUCGAACAAAAAAUAAUAAAAAAUAAAAUAAUAUUUAUAGCAUUAAAAUUAGAUUAUGAUCCAACAUUUUCAAUUAAAGGAUCAAUUGAUGAUUAUUCUGGUAAUGAAAUAUCAAAUACAAAUUCAUCAAUAUGUUCACCAAGUUAUUCAAAAUCUGAAGAAGAAAAUGGAGAAAAUAAUAGAUAUUUAUUCAAUUUUUCACCAAAACCAUCAAACAAACCAAUUGUGGAAAUUGAUUUUUUGGAUUUAUCAAAAAAUAUUGAAUAUUUAUUUGAUAACAGCCAAAAUGAAGAAAAUGAAAAAGAUGAGCUGAAAUUAUUAACAACUUCAAUUUUAGAUUUUCGAAAAAAUCAAAAAAAUAAAAUGAUUGAAAUUAAUCAAAUGGAAAUAUUUGAUAUGGUUAAAUUAUUGAAAAAUGAAAUAAUUUGGAAAUGGGCAAAAUGGAUGAAUUCAAGUAAUUUAUUCAAAACAAUUGGAAAACAACAAAAAAUGCAAUUAUUUCAAAAUUCAUGGAAUAUUUUACAUAUUUUUGAAAGAUUACAAAUAACAUCAAAAAAUGAAGAACUUUUGAAAUCAAAUGAAAUAUUAAUUUCUGAUAAUUUAUUAUGGAUUUGUGGAAAAUCAUAUUAUAAUAUAUCAAGUAUUUCGGAAAUUACUAAUCAAUAUUUUUCAAAGUAAGUUAUUUUUAAUAAUUAAUUAAUUAACUUAUAAUUUAUUAAUUUAUAGAUUAUUUGAUCCAUAUCUUCAAAGAUUUAUUGAUGAAAUUGGCAAAAAAUUAUAUGAAAUGAAAAUAGCUGAUGAAGAAUUAAUAUUUUGUUUGGUUCAAUUACAUAUUAGGAUAUGA